AGACGCAGAUGACUCCGAAACCGACGGAACGUCUGGCAGCAAGACUAAGAAGCCCCGCAAAGCACGCACGGCGUUCACCGACCACCAACUCAACACACUCGAGCGAAGCUUCGAAAGACAGAAAUAUCUCUCAGUGCAGGACCGGAUGGAGUUAGCAGCUAGUCUCAGUCUCACAGACACUCAAGUCAAAACGUGGUAUCAGAAUCGAAGAACGAAAUGGAAGCGGCAGACGGCCGUUGGUCUGGAGCUCCUCGCCGAGGCCGGGAACUACUCGGCAUCGAUGCAACGCCUUUUCGCACCUCCGUUUUACUACCACCCAACGCAGGGCAUCGUAUCGAACCUUGAUGGGCUGUACGGGUUACAGGCGGGCCAGCGCCCCGUACUCCCCCGCCUAUUCUUACACGGGCUCCAACAGCACGUCAGUCAUCUGCCACUCACCCCUCGCCCACUUCAUCCUCAUUCUCAUUGACCUCCGCGUUGACGAUGAGUCCAAACAAACGCGACGUCGAUGUCAACGACAUGACUUCGAUGACGAUCAUGACUUCGAUGACUUUUCACUUGCCGAGGCUCGUGGAUACCGUUUCGCUAUGUAGGCGAUCGAUGAAGAAACGAAUACGGUUUUUAGAAGUGUCAAAGCGUUUCACUUUAUAUUUUAGGUCAAGACGUAAACUAAUUUAUUGACUGUCAGUCAUUGUUUUGACGAAAUGAACAUCUCAACGUUUUGCGUCAGUGAAGAGAUUGUGACGAUUCAUGGACAGGUACGGCAGCAAUCAUAUCGUUUGUCUCCUUCAUUCGUUUACAACUUUGAUGCCGAAAAUAGUCUGUCAAUAUCUGAUUCAACAGGGGACUGGUGGCAAUUAUUUUGAGGCUAAAACGGGAGCCUUAUCUAGUGCGUCUAUUUUCGCCAUAAACUGCUUCGUCAUCAUGCCAUCCGCGGUGUCCAAAUCAGCACAAGUGACUUAAAUUGUGAAUGAAAACAAUCAUGCAUUAUUAAAAAGUUGUGACCUCAUCGAUAUGAUUCGGAAAAUGAUAAUGAUAGUACUUUGAUUGUUGAUUGUGAAAUCAUGACUUUUUGACAUUACAUGUAUCAGAAGGAAACAACAUACAUUCGCAUUCAGACAAGAAUAACGCAGGAAGUGGCAAUAACAAUUAUAGAAAAGACAACAGUUUCAACGACUUGUAAUAUUUUGGAUCAAUAAAAAUCAUAAUCAGGAUUGCAUUUUGAUGCGAUUUCGAUUCCUACUUAUUUCUACCAUGAGAGUAAAAGUUCUGACAUGAUGACAGAUGAUAAAUCCUAUUUCGCUUCACAUGUUCAUCUAAUUAUCAUUCCAUUAUUUCGGGCUACUGAACUAAAUUAAUCAUAAUGAAACAAACACGAACACCUUGAUAUUAAUCGUUAACUCUUAGUUUGUUCAAUCGAAUUUGUUGUGUUGACUAGUUUUAAUGUUGAAACUAUAACAAAUAUAGUGUUUAUCAGAAUUAAGGAGAUGGAAACCUCUUCUCUUCAAGGUGUUAGUGUACAACUGGCUCUUAGCAUAUCAUGCUUUUUUUAAGUGUUUUUUUUAUUUAUUUGUGACUUAUACCUCGGUCACAUUUGCUAUACGGCGGCCGUACGGCGAUUCAAAAACAGCCGUUUUAUUCAAACCACCUAUAUCAUUAUGUAGCUGGUACAAAAAAUGUUAAAACGGCUGUUUUCAACUCACCGUACGGCCGCCGUCGAGCAAAUGUGACCGAUGUUUUACCCUCAGUGUAAUUGGGUAAUUACAAGUUAAUUAAUUCAUAAUUAUCGCCUUAUUCUUGGUACAAAGACAAAAAAUUGUAUUUUAAUAUUGUUCUUGGCCUGCCAAGCUGACACAUAUAGGCAUGGCUGGUAUUGAAGGAAUGCACAAGCUUCAAAUCUCGCCCAAACAAAAGAAGGAAUGGGGUAGUGGGCGGGGAUUCCGAGGGGGGGGGGGGGUGUACCACGCAUAACUAUUUUAACUUCUUUCAAACCAAGGCGCAUAGCAUGUGACAAAUUAAUGGAUACUUAAUGGAUAUAUAUUAAUAUGCUUUGAAGCCAGGGUUGCCACAACUCACUGUUUCUUAAAAGCAGCUUAAAAUUGAAACCGCGUGAUGAAAUUGAAAACAUUUUACUGAAGGACAAGGUCACACAAGGAUUAAAGAGAUUAAUGAUGAAGCGAUGCUUCGAAUGCCCCUAGAUAUUAUCAAGGGUGAAAAAUGUGAGAUGAACAAGAAAGUUUUCCUGCUUUCAAACAAAGUAAAGUUAAAUAGUUUUAAUGAUGAAAAUACGCGACUGAGUGAGGUUUAAAUCCUUACUAUAAAACCGAAUUCCCCUCUUCAACUUCCAGUUAUUGUCACUUUUGUCGUUUAAUUUGUACUUUCAGCCUUUUUAAUUGUACGUAAUUCCUUUCGGGAGAGAAGUCUCGCUAUAUUCGAAAAUAACGAGCAUUCCCCCACAAUCUCGUCUAUGGUUCUCUAUUAAAGCAAAGAGCUAGCUGUUAAAACCCCAUGAUCGCAUUUGGCCAGAGCUAAUAGCAUUAAUAAUGGCUCAUAUAACUUAACAUUGGCGCUGUCUAAUAACAUGUUUCAUUGACAUUUCAGAUCCCAGCCGGGCAGAAAAUACCAUGAUUUCUGUUCGCCACGGCACAAGUUCUCCUAAUACUUUUAAUGUGAUUAGGAACGUACGUUUUGAGAACGCUGGAAAUACAGUUAAGCAUGGCGCGUUUGAAUGCAUUGCGCCGUCAAUGUAAUUCCUAACAGCACAUCAAAAAAAAUAUAAUAAUGCCCUUCUAAUCCCCAUCAUCAUCAUUUACACCUAAAGUGAUCUUUGGAACGAGUUUCACAGUCUUAUGUGAAAUCAGGCAUGAUGAAGCGAUGGCGGCGUGGGCUAAGUGACUUGGACUUCACCAAAUAGUGAAGGCCCUUUCCCACUGCUGGAUUUUUUGUAUUUUUUUUUAAAGGCGCGCAGACCCCUGAUUUCAUCGUAAUAGUAUAUGAAACUUUUCAUCAUUAUUUUGUAGGUAAUGAUUCUCAACGACUCAGUGCUGCGUAUAAACCUUUUGAGUAACACUUGUAGAGGUAUAUCAGCGCCACUGGCAAAUAUUCAUUAACCUUUUGUAAAGAGGGAAGUUAUAGAAGUAUGAAAAUAUCGAAGUGUUCUAUAAACUAUUGGGUGGCUCUGCGUGGCUUCUUUAGGGAAAACAAGAACAAAAACAAAAAGAUUUCGUGUUCUGUGGUAAUACUGGUGUUCAUAACAAGGCAUUACAGUGUUAAAGUUUAAGGACAUUAUAUUUCCACGGCUUUUGUUUUAUUGAGGAAUUACUACAUUUCAUAAAUCAUAUUUCAUAGUUAACUCUUUGGAAAUCUACACGGUAUACGUGUACACAUUUUCCAUGUCAUUUCGGUCCAACUUCUAUUCUACAUGACCCCCCAACAUUCCUAAUUUCAUAUUCCAUUUCUUGCUGUAAAGAGGUCUUUCUUUGUGAUUUUAUGAUCCGUGCAAUUUUGGUCCUCAUUUUAAUCUGGUCAAAAUAUUGCCACGACGUCACUGUGAAAAGAAAACACAAAAAAACGGUUUAUAGUGCGAUCUUUAACAAGUACGAAAAUAUUAACAGAUUAGAAUCACACUUUCGGGUUUAUAACAAUCAGCAUUAUUUCCAUGGUAACUACCAAAGCCCCAGUGGUUUUUGUUAUUGAGUGCAAUAGGCAGAACGAGGGUGUUCUACGCACAAUCUAUGACUUAAAUAUGUGUUUAGAAUAACGAAUCUCAAUGUUCUGAAGUAAUGGUGGAGUAAAUGUAUAGGCCUAAAUGGGUUAUUAUUGAAAAAAAAUUAACAAGCUAGGGUCUGGAAAAAAUUAUGAACUGGACAUAUAGACUCUUGAUUUCAACCUAUUAUGUGGUGUUUCGCUUUGGAACUAUUAACAACAAUUAUCUUAUAUAGGAACGUGUACUAUUCUCUUAUAGAGGAUUCAGAUGCUAACAUUUCAAUUCCUAUUGAAGGUUUUUUUUCUAAAUGGAAGAUUAACCGAUUAUGCGUCACCAUUCCAAGUUUACAUUUCCAUGUCGCUAUCGAUAUCACUAUCGAUAUAUUGUUCGAUAUUUUUUUAUACUUUCAGUUAAUGGUUGGAUAGUAUUUAAGUAUAAAAGUUAUAUUCUGUGACAUGAUGGUAUUGAUGAGUUUUACUUGUGUUUCUCCAUUCAUAGAAUGGUUACGUGAUAUAUUUAUAUGUGAUGAACAACAUAUUGUAUGUGUAUAUACUUUGCAUUGUAAAGAUAACAUAGUGAUCUAGUUCUGUACAAGGAUUCGGAGAAGAGCCCGGUUUUUGUAUAAAAUUUUGUGAUGGUAUUAUUCUUGGUUAAGUGUAUAGAGAGAUUCGCUGUUUUCUCCCCCACAAUUUUACCAGCUGUACAGUACUAAAUAUCUAAAUUAAAAACUAAUUUAAAUGAG